CCUCCCAGUGGCUCUUAUUUUCUUAUGGAUGCUUCCUAAUGACGGAUGGCCAACCGAGGGUCAGCCGGGAUUUAUUCAACGUACUACUGCCAACUUGUUCCGGUCGUCAGCCUGAAUUGCUUCCUGGUUCAGAAGAUGUCCAUCUCGGCAGGGAUCAUCGUAUUCGAGGGUAAAUUCCUGCCAGAAGUCGUCCGUCAGGGGCGGAAGUACCUCCCGGUGGACGCCGUGGUCGCUGUGAUGUUUCCCCGGGUGCCUCGCCAUGUGGACCCGAUUGACAUCUUCCGGGAGCUCGCCGGAGUUCAGCUGCACAGAGCGACCUGGUCAGAAACUCGAAUGUUACAGAGCAUUGAGGGCGUUUCACACGGGAAACCACGGGAAGGGACCUCUCCACUCGUCUUGUUUGAAGAUUUGCAGCGGUGUUACCCAGAACUUUGCCGAAUCUGUAAGAGAUACUGCAGCCAAGUCGACAAAACACGCGAAGAAGAUUGCGGUCAACAAACUAUGCAAGCAAACGAACGCGACGGUGCAAAAAGUAGAGACAGUGAAAAAUCUCGGGCGAAACGAAAAUUCGAUAAUCUUUCGACCGUGAACAACAGCAGCACGGGGGAAACGUCCUUGUCGACAGGCGCCUCGAAAGCUGCCAGAAGCGCUGAUCUGGAACCAAAUGCCGAGUCUAUGGAGAGAAAAUGUAAGAUUGGUGUCGAGAACAAGGACACAGCUGUGGACAUAGCUGUGGACACACCUCAACAGUCUAACCAUAUCACGAACAAGAAGGAGGAUGCCAAACACAAAAGUCCCAGUGACCUUUCGACUUUAGAAAACAAGGCUAGCACUAGCGAUGAUGUGAGAUGGGUAGUCGUUGACGAGGUCACAGCGGAAAGCGAGUCAUCUUUCGUGCUAGCAGUAGGAAGUUGUGAGUCCAUUGAUGACACGCCCAGCCCCCUCACUGAGCCUAAUCACAGUCUUCCGGUUUCGAAAACGGAUUCCUGUGAAGAAGACCGCUUCAGUGAUCUGCCCGGCAAAGAGGAAGAGAGACCGGAGGAAUUCACUUCUCACCAGACAGUGACUGAUGUGUCUGCACCCCUAAAUUGUUCACCAACUGGCGAAGCUCUGUGCGGUGUCGGCAUGCAAACGUAUCCUUUGUGUACAGCGCAAACAGGUGGUGAACAGAAGGACCGGGACGAUUGCAGUGAUUCCGCCGUAGAAGAUAGCGCAGCUGGGCCACAUCUCAGCCACAGUCCGAAACCUGAAGCUUCAGUCGGGGAAACGCCAGGCGGCAGUUGUCAGCUCAAGGAUAGCGGAGACACGGGAAAGCGACACAUCCUAGGGGAGACGCCGAACACCAGAGCAGAUGGCAGGCAUUUGCAGGAGAAAACAUUCCCUGACCCAGAGGGCAAUGCUAGCGUAACAAAAGACUUGGGCCAAGUAGCGGAACCCCCGGGGUCAUUCAUCCAGCACACAGAUCAUCGUGGGAACGAAACCACCAGCAGCAGUGUGACAAAUUCUUUGCCGCCUCCGAGGCGUGAUUGUGAAGAAUCACAAAAGCCAGUGGUUGUGGCUCAUCUGCAUAGCAAAGCGGAUAAAGCCGACGCCAGUACCGACUCAAGCACAGAUUCCAGGAGAGACAGCCAACCCGCCGGGAGAGAUGCUCGACAAGCUCAGCAAGACAGAAACUUGUGGUCAUCAUUGGAGAUGUUAGACGUCUGUUGCAGAACUGGAGGGAACAUCGAAGAUCACCAGGGCCGAAGCGUGUCGUCUGGACCGGAAGACGAGGGUCGCACCGUGCGUGGAAACAUUGCGACUCUUCUUCGCAAUAACGGCGUGACUCUGCCAGAUGUGUCGCCCCCAAGGAGUAGCGGAGAAAUACCUCGAGGUUGUGAAACGGCAUCAGCAGACGCCGGUGGCCGCCUUGUCAAGGAGGAACGCUGCAUGACUGAUCUUCAAGUUCCGAAAAAAGAAACUCGAAACAUGGCGACAACAGCGGAAAGGGAAGACAAGGGAACAGCAAGCGAUACAACUGCUUCCUCUGAGAUGACCGGGAUCGGAGAAAGGUAUGGACUCCCCAUUAAUCGCCCAGUCAGCUCCCUCGAGUUAAAACACGAUGAAAAUAAGCCUAACGAUUGCAGAGGUAGCUGCAACGAGUCUACGGAUGACUCUGGGGGUGAAAAUAUUGGACUGAUCAUGGAGUGCGUUCCAGAGCCAACUUACACCAAAGCCAGGUUCAAAGUACCACAAGAAAACGCAACAAAGAAAACGACUGAAGUUGAAGAUUGCGCUGCAGCAAAACGAUGGGAUAUUGCGCCUGGUUCAACAGUUAAAGGAAGCAGAAGCCCUUCGGACGAUCAACCGAAACGCGAAGUCCACAAGGUCCUCCCUUCUCCCACGGAGACCGUGGACGGGCCAUUUCCGCCCGCACAAAAAUAGUUCAACAAGAUGCACAGCCACAACAACACAAGAUCCGAUAUUGACCGGAAAUCCGAUAUUGGCGACCCUUUUAGUAGAGAGCACGCCUCGUGGUAGCACCCCACCUUCAGAUGCGUCACCUGGCUUGAAUUCAUCACCUCCAAAGGAUACCUGUAACCAUAUGUCUCGUCGAGACGUACAACCUACAACCGCGAUGUCUGUCCAAGGCUCCGUUUCUACAAAUCCGUCCGCAACUGCUCAUCAGCCCCAGCCAAUGGAGUUGCCACGUCCCCGUCAAAGAACAGUCUUUCAAGGUCACCAAACAAGCAGCCAGGCGCUGUCGCACGACCAACUGUGGGGAAUGGGGACCGCAAAGCUGCGCAUUUGGGGAAAGUGGAGCUAAACCAGAAGAACGUGGACGUCGUACAGGUUGGUACAGCCUUCUAUUGCCGAGCGACGGCCGUCAGUACCGGCGUGCCAAGCUUCACCUCCAGCAUGCUGAAGAAGCUGUGCCCGAUCUUCGGCGUCGAGUACAUCAACGUCGACCAGGUACGCGCGGGGGUGAUGUCUUGCUUCGAGUCGCUCGGAUACUCGCAGAUCCGAUGCCUAGGCGCUCGCACGUGGAGACUGUUUGCUUUACUGUCGUUUCUCGAAACUGCCUUCUGCAGUGUUGACAGGAAGGAGAGGCCCACAACGGAAACGGCCAUUCGCCUGGCAAGGGAAGCAAUAUCGUUGAAGGUGAUUAGUAACAACGACAUUGUAGUUCGCGGCCAUGCGGUGUUGAUAUAUUACCGCAGCGGUGGAGCCUAUAUUCCCGUGAAGGAAUUCCAGCGAAUCUACCCUAGGAUGUCGAUUGAAUUGCCUGAUGGAAACUUGUGCUGAGCUGAACGUCACGGUUGCCCUGGGCCCACCGGCAGUGGUGAGAGCAAUCGGCGAUACUGUGACUACGUUGUCUUCAGCUUCUCCGGACCUCGACGACUUUCAAGUCGUUACAGUGUCACUGGAUCUACGGGACAUGACCAAACUCCUCCUGCGGCUAGAGAACAUCCCGAGACCAGACUCCAGCGUCCACAACCCUCGGCGGAGGAGAACCCAGUCACCAUACAGGGAACACAAAUGAACGUUGCUGCUAGUACAAGUGAUAGUUCGGCCACCAAACCUAAAUGCCCACCACCUUCGAUAGAGAAGCCUGUUCCUACGUCAGCAAUGAAAAUGGAGGUGAUGGAGGUUACAAGUGAUGAUAUUGCUGGGCCCAAGUUGAUUCGAAACACCACACCGUCCGUAGUGGCUGGGUCUGUAGGUCAAGGUCCUGCAAGGGAAGCGACGGCAAGUCCUACCGUUGACGAACCUGCAAAUGCAACGGCCUCGACGAAGCAUGCCGGUCGCGCCAAUGACAGUCGUGCCAGUAUAAAUCCGUCCACGUCUAACCACACCGCUGGUAAGUGUGCAUCUCUACGUAAGCUACGUAUAUCUUCUUCACUACCAAUCCACACCCAGGAACACUCUUCGGCACGUGACGCUGGGCCUUCUGAUGCCAAUGAUGUAGCAACCCCAACACAGCCGUUGGAGACGGUCCCAAUAAACUGUAACCAGGGUAUGAACCACAGAGAAUCUGCAGCUAGUCUGGAGAUGCAGCCACUCAGCAGUAACACUCUUCCUACUCAUGUGACAGAAGCCGACAAGCCUUCAAAGCCACGUGGUUUAACCAAGGAGCUCCUUGGUGUACGUGUAACUAGUGACGGCCGAAUAGGUACGAUGGCGUCGUCUGCUGCUGCAACCACCCUGGUAAAGACGACGACUGCACAGUCGGCAUCUAAUGGUUGGAAAGCGGUCGGUGUGACGACUCAGCGUCGUCCCGUCCCGGAACCACGUGGGGAUACCGGCAACACCGCUGAACCAGUCCAGGCAACGUUAGCGACAAACACAACGAUCGGCGUGACAGUCCAGCAUUGUCCCGUCCCGGAACCCCGUGGGGAUACCGGCAACACCGCUGAACCAGUCCAGGCAACGUUAGCGACAAAGUCAACGGUCGGUGAUAUACCCGAAAACACGAUGGCGUAUCCGCCGCCACAAGAUGCCAGGCACUGUCAACGUGGUGUUGUAGACAUCGCUGACCAAAAAAGGAUCUGCUGCUGGUCCUGAGAACCAGUCACUCUGCAGUAACACUCUUCCUACUAAUGUGCCAGAAGACGACAAGCCUUCAAAGCCACGCGGUAUUUCCAAGGAGCUCCUUGGUGUAACUAGUGACGGCCAAA